UUCCCUACUUUUCCUUUAUCCAUUUUCCAAGCAAAACUUUUCAAACCCAAAAAAAAUUAAAAAAAUCCAAAAAAAGAAAAACAAAACGCUUAACGCAAUACAAAAACCACAGUUUCAAUCACAUCUCUCUCUCUCUCUCUUUCUCGCAAAUUUCUACUUUCUGGGUUUUCUAUUUGAGAUUCGUUGUUCCAAUGAGCGAUCACUUGGUGGUGUUCGUUGACCGUCUCGCGCGCCCUGUCCCCGUUGACCCGGUGGCGCAGCCGCCUUCCGAGCCGUCUCCUCCUCCGGCCCCCGUGAAUGCUGACGCUUCCGGGAGCUCCGGCACCGCUCCGGUGGAGGAUUGUGACGGAGAGGGCGGCGGCGAGGAGGAGCCGCUGAUCCAGAUGGCGGAGUGCCGCAUCUGCCAGGAGGAGGACGGCGUUUCCAACUUGGAGACGCCCUGCGCCUGUAGCGGCAGUCUUAAGUAUGCUCACAGAAAGUGUGUCCAGCAUUGGUGUGAUGAGAAAGGAGACAUAACUUGUGAGAUAUGUCAUCAGCCAUAUCAACCUGGGUAUACUGCCCCCCCACCUCGUCCUAAUCCUGAAGAAACUACUAUUGAUAUAGGAGGUGGCUGGACAAUAUCUGGCACACCCUUAGACUUGCGUGAUCCUCGACUCUUGGCAAUUGCAGAAGCAGAACGUCAGUUCUUGGAUGCUGAAUAUGAUGAGUAUGCUGCUUCCAACGCCAGUGGAGCUGCAUUUUGCCGCUCAGCUGCUUUAAUUUUAAUGGCCCUUUUACUCCUGCGGCAUGCACUUUCUGUCUCAGAUGGUGAUAAUUCUGAUGAUGAUCCAUCCAGUUUUUUCUCCCUUUUCUUGCUUCGUGCUGCUGGAUUUCUAUUACCUUGCUACAUCAUGGCUUGGGCAAUCAGUAUUCUGCAGCGUCGGCGACAAAGACAAGAGGCUGCAGCACUGGCGGCAACCCAAGUUGCUUUUGUUCUACAAUCUGGUCAGCGUAGAGGUUUACAGUUUGCAAUAGCACCAGGACCCCCCACACUACACCAGGAACAAGUAUAAUAAUUUGUAUGCUUUUUUAUGUAUGAAUGAAUAUUAAGAAGGCUUUGUUGAAAUGCCGUGCAUUUUUACUCUUUACUUCCAGCUGUAACGUUAUGUACAUGUACAUACUUAGGGGUGCUAAAACGAUGUACAUGAAUCCAUUGGUAUCCAUUCAAUUCAUCUAUCUAUGAAUGUAACCGAAUCCAUCCACUUACUAUAUAUUAAGAGAUUUAUAUGCAAAAUAAGGAUUAAUGGUCUAA